ACGUUAUCGAACGGCCAAUCGGUGGUAGAUUCACCUCCCUCCUCUACCCAGAGUCACCGCUGCGGCCGCCGCCAUUUUAGCGUUUUGUCGGGAGCGUCCGUUCCGCGAGGAGGAGUCCCUGCUGAUCUCCGUGCGGGAUCUUGUCAGGAUGGUGAAGUUGUUCAUCGGAAACCUGCCUCGGGAGGCCACAGAGCAGGAGAUCCGCUCACUCUUUGAGCAGUAUGGGAAAGUGCUGGAAUGUGACAUCAUUAAGAACUAUGGCUUUGUGCACAUAGAAGAUAAAACUGCAGCUGAGGAUGCCAUACGCAACCUGCACCACUACAAGCUUCAUGGGGUGAACAUCAACGUGGAAGCCAGCAAGAAUAAGAGUAAAACCUCAACAAAGUUGCACGUGGGCAACAUCAGUCCCACCUGUACCAACAAGGAGCUUCGGGCCAAGUUUGAGGAAUAUGGUCCAGUCAUUGAAUGUGACAUCGUGAAAGAUUAUGCCUUCGUACACAUGGAGCGGGCAGAGGAUGCAGUGGAGGCCAUCAGGGGCCUUGAUAACACAGAGUUUCAAGGCAAACGAAUGCACGUGCAGUUGUCCACCAGCCGGCUUAGGACUGCGCCCGGGAUGGGAGACCAGAGCGGCUGCUAUCGGUGCGGGAAAGAGGGGCACUGGUCCAAAGAGUGUCCGAUAGAUCGUUCAGGCCGCGUGGCAGACUUGACCGAGCAAUAUAAUGAGCAAUAUGGAGCAGUGCGUACGCCUUACACCAUGAGCUAUGGGGAUUCGUUGUAUUACAACAACGCGUACGGAGCGCUCGAUGCCUACUACAAGCGCUGCCGUGCUGCCCGGUCCUAUGAGGCAGUGGCAGCUGCAGCUGCCUCUGUGUAUAAUUACACAGAGCAGACCCUGUCCCAGCUGCCACAAGUUCAGAACACAGCCAUGGCCAGUCACCUCACCUCCACCUCUCUCGAUCCCUACGAUAGACACCUGUUGCCGACCUCAGGAGCUGCUGCUGCCACAGCUGCCGCUGCUGCAGCAGCUGCUGCUGCAGUUACUGCAGCGUCCACUUCAUAUUACGGGCGGGAUCGGAGCCCCCUGCGUCGUGCUACAGCCCCAGUCCCCACUGUUGGAGAGGGCUACGGUUACGGGCAUGAGAGUGAGUUGUCCCAAGCUUCUGCAGCCGCGCGGAAUUCCCUGUACGACAUGGCCCGGUAUGAGCGGGAGCAGUAUGCAGAUCGGGCGCGGUACUCAGCCUUUUAAAGCUUGAGGUGGGAUGUGUGUGGGCUGAAAUUCCGAGCUGCGGUUGUGCAUGAGAAUACACCCUUCGUGGUACCCCAUCUCCGGGACGUUCUCGGCUCUGUGCGUUCAGUCCCUCAGGAACCAUGGACCUUAAUUUACCUUGCUGAGUUCAGACCUUCUCUUCCUUUCCUGUCCUCCUGCCCAUUUUCCUGUUCUUCCUGUCCUUCGAUACCUCUGUAGCCUCCCAUUCGUGUUCUGUUCUCCCAGCAGGCCUCAUUGUGUGCAGAGACUGUGGUGGGGGCUGUGCUUCCUCCCUACUUUGUGCCUCCAGUGGGUGUUGGAUUGGGGGAUGACCUUGGUGAGAGUCUCACUGCUUCUGGGUCUUUUUUUGGCCCAAAAGCUAGACCUAUAGAGUUGGAUCACUUUUUUCUUUCCGGUGAAAUAAAUGGUUUUUCAACUUAGGGU